UUUCCGGCUGGAGAUGGUUGCCAUAGCAGCAGCUGCUGAGUCAGAGUCUUCAGUUGCAGCAGCCAGUUACUAAUUAGAUACUUAGAUGUGCAGCCUCAUCCGAUGCAUGUCUCAAAACAUUACCAAAUAUAUUUCAUGAAAUAAUUGUCUUGUUAUCAGCAAGAGACUUAGGUUGAUGCAUUUAAUACAGCUUGAGAGUCACUAAAUUUGAGGAGUGCCGAUUGAAGUAGCCAAUGGGUAACAUCCCCACUGCAGUGAAACACUGCCUCAGCUACAAGGAUUAUCCAUGGCUUGCAGGGUUACUCCAAGAGGAACAGGGGGCUGGUAAAACUGGACUUCCAGAGUACGUUAAAAUAGUGGAAGUUGGACCAAGGGACGGUCUACAAAAUGAAAAGGAAAUCAUACCAACAAGAACAAAAAUUCACCUAAUUGACCUGCUCUCAGAAUCAGGACUAACUGUUAUUGAAGCAACAAGCUUUGUCUCAUCAAAAUGGGUGCCACAGAUGGCGGAUCACACAGAAGUGCUGCUGGGAAUAAAGAGGCAUCCUCACAUUCAGUACCCUGUUCUUACACCCAACAUGCAGGGUUUUCAGGCCGCAGUGGCAGCUGGUGCUACAGAAGUCGCAGUGUUUGGGACUGCCUCUGAAUCUUUUAGCCGAAAGAAUAUCAACUGCUCCAUUGAAGAAAGCCUGCAAAGAUUUGAGGAAGUCAUCAAAUCUGCGAAAGCGGUCAAUAUCCCAGUCCGUGGAUAUGUGUCCUGUGUGCUAGGUUGCCCCUAUGAAAAAAACAUUGAACCAGCUAAAGUUGCUGAGGUGGCUAAAAGGUUAUACAGCAUGGGAUGCUAUGAGAUUUCCUUGGGAGACACUAUCGGAGUGGGGACUCCAGGCACCAUGGCAACGAUGCUGGAAUGUGUUUUGAAAGAAGUCCCUCGUGAGGCCCUUGCAGUUCACUGCCACGAUACAUAUGGGCAGGCUCUUGCCAACAUUCUGACAGCCUUACAGAUGGGUAUUUCUGUUGUCGAUUCUUCAGUUGCGGGUCUUGGUGGGUGUCCUUACGCCGAAGGUGCCUCUGGAAACGUGGCUACAGAGGAUGUGGUGUAUAUGCUCACAGGACUGGGCAUCAAUACAGGAGUGGACCUUUGUAAAGUGAUGGAAGCUGGAAACUUUAUCUGUGAAGCCUUAAAGCGGAAGACAAACUCCAAAGUUGCUCAGGCGUGCUACAAGCCAUAGAAAAUAAGCAUACAUUAUUCCAUAAGACAUAUAACUAAAUAUGCAAGUUGUGCCAUUUUUAGCUGCUUUCCCAAAUGUAUUCUUUGCAACUAAUCUUCCAAAAGGGGACAUUUAGGGGUAGGAUUACUAAAGUGUUGCGCCUGUCGCAAUAGUUGCAAACCAGUUUCAAAUGAGUCGGAAGUCUAGGGUGAAAUGUACUAGAUAGGCAGAAUGCUAUUUGCGACUUUUUAGGGAAUGCUUUGCGGCUGCAGUUUCUGUUUGCAGCUCAAGCGUAGAUGAAAAUGUAAUUGUGGGCAUUCCUGCAUAAAUUCGCAAAUAGGGGGCAAAUGAGGGUUCUCAAAUUUUAUAAUGCGAUGUACGAAAGCUGCAGACAAUUGCGACACUUCCAAUUGCAUCAAUUUGUUAAGAACUUUUGAAAGCAUGUUUUAAACAGUUGCAAUUAUUGCUGGCAUUUCCCAGUCCGCCUUUUCUGGUGCGUUGCCAGUUGUGCUCCAUGCAUUUUUGAGGCGAACAGCCAAAUAUCUAUAUGUACGUACAAGCCUUGAAAACAAAUUUCUAUGACAUUUCUGGUUUCCCCAACAUGUUGGGAGCAAUAGACUGCACCCGUGCCACUAACCCCUCCAGCUCGUUCAGAGCAUCUUUUAGCACUACACCACUGACUAACUUAAAUAAAAGCGGACAGUAUACAUUUGGCUUGUAGUCUACUCAUGAUAAUACAAAUUAGUGGUAUUAUGCAAAAUUUGUUGCUGGUACCUUGAAAUUCGUAUUAACGAGAAUUGACUGUCGUCCUGUAAGUAUCGUAACUUGUGAUGGGGGUGAAGGUGGGGGCCUCAGUAUAGAUUUGAAUGGGAUUAAACUGCCUUUCAUAUACAGUGCCUAUAGAAAGUCUACACCCCCUUGAACUUUUUUCACAUUUUGUUGUGUCAGUGCCUCAGAGUUUUAUGCAUUUAAAUGAGGAUUUUUUUCCACUUAUCUACACACUAUACUCCACACUGUUAAGGGGAAAAAAGUUUUUAUUGAGAAAAAAAUUAUAUAUUAAAAAUACAAAACUGAAAGAUCAUAACUGGAUAAGUCUCCACCCCCCUGAGAGUUAAUACUUGGUGGAAGCACCAGGUGGAGGCCACUUAACUUGAUGUGUGAUUUUGAAGGCGAUUGGUUACACCUGAGCUAAUUUAGGAUUGCUAUUACAAGGGGAGUGGACACGUAUCCAACUAAGCUAUUUCAGUUUUUAUUUUUAAUUAAUUUUCUACAAAUUUCUAGAAUAUUUUUUUCACUUGGAAGUUGUGGGGUAGGAUGUGUAGAUAAAUGAUAUAUAUAGAAAAAAGUAUUAAAAUAGGUAAAAUGAAGACGGAACAGAAUGCAUUGUACAGAUGAUGUUUACAUUUAACAAAAGCAAUGUUAUUUUGAUUCUUGCACCCUUGCAUGUAUAGACGUUAUCCUUCGGGCACCCUCUGCUGCAGCAAACCACAACUCAACUCCCGCUAUUUAUUUCAACAAUGUCGCACGACUCUCGUAAUCUACAGUGCCAGAGAUCUCACUAAGAAGACACAACAGAUAUUUAAAUUUGUAUAUUGCAGCUGUCUUCAUUAACAUAUUUUCUCUUAGUACAUACGACAAAAUGUUUACUUUAAGUGUUGCAACGAAAAAGCAAAUUGCGGUAUGUUUGCACUGUGACUGGCCCAUCUUAGUAAACCUCCCCCUGUAUGAUAGAAGAUACAGAGAUUUGUUUAUUUUUAAGUUUUAAUUUAGCUUGAGUAAAUACUACUACCAUUACUACUGUAUUACCAUUCCUAACAUGUGCUGUUGUUCAUUAUAACAAAAAACAUUUAUUAAAUGUGUUUCACAUAUUCACCAGGGCACUUUUGUUUUGAAACCAGCUGCUUUCUUGUAAUGUCAAACAAGGGCAAUGCCUGACCUUCUUCAAUUGAAAUUACUUCUUUCAGAUCAAAGGACUGUUUCUUGGAAUCAGAUAAGUUUGUUCAUUUACGUCAAAAGUGUUUCCAACAAGAGUUCCAUUCAAUAAAUCAUAAUUAGCUCAGCACUUGACAGUGCCCUUGUAUGUAUUUAAAGUUUCCAUGUAUGCCCUCCUUAACUUCAAAAAUACAAUCAUAGAGUUUGAGGUAAAAGCUAACAAAUGUUUAGGGUCAUGCCUUCAUCAGUGUUAUGAUCCACAAUGAUUCACAAAACGGAUGUGUGUUGACGUUUUAAGGCAUUAGCUAAAAAGUUUGACAGCUUGACUUUCUUUUCUUGCAUUAUGUUCAUUAUUACAUUUUUUUUAUGAGAAUUGUACACACAAAUACUCUGGCAUCUGAUUGGCAGUGAAUGAAUACAUACCAUAAAAAAUCCUAAUUGCAGCAAUCAGUCACAACAUCUCAAAAAACAAUCAACUUGAGUGUGUCUUAGCAGUGGGGCCUAAACAAUUGAAGGAAAGAUGCUGCACUCAAAAAGGUAGUUAUUCUAGCAAUUCACCACUCAAUUGAGCAUGCAUUAAAUGUAUAACAGUAUACCCUUAGGUUACUCUUGCUGCCGGUGACAGGACCAGACAGCUGACAGAGACACACAGGAAGGCACUAUGGGGUGAAAGCGCUGGUGCAACGUUUUUAUUGAAAACAAAAAUAAAUAAAAAGGUUGUACAAAAACACUACUGCUCACAGAGCAAAAAUAAAUAUUUAAACAAAAACAAAUCUUGAACACAAAUACCCAAAGAAAUGCUGUUAUGGUCUGCCUGGCAUGAGUAGCAGUUGCUUUCUUUUCUUUUUACCUUCAUUUUAAAUUUUCUUCAGCUCGCUCACAUUGCUCCUUCCAAACAUCCACCCCGACCAGCAAAAGCUGCUGGUUUUUAUACCAUUGACCAUCUCCAGAUUAGCAAUAAAUGAAUCAAUGAAUCUGGAGAUGGUCACAUUCUUCACAGGGUUUACAGGGAUGGGGCUUUCAACCAAUAGACAAUCUGCAUUUUCUCCGCGGCAGUCCAAUCAUAAGUGAGCGGAGGUGGGACAUAAAUAAACUAGGCCCUAAGCAGUGUAACAAUAGCUUAAUUUUGCGCGAUAUUGCUUAUUAUAGUGCGUUACUGAGAAUUAUAUUGAGAACGUCAAAGUUUCGAUUUACUUUUUGCAAAUAAAACAAAAUGACAUCAGACAACUGAGGCAUCGUUGCCGAUUUGGUUACAAAUCAAUUUUCAAGAAGAACAAAAAUUGGAGGCAUAUACCACAAAUACCCGAACUGACACAGGAAGGAAAGGAAUAUCCAUGGCUUAUCAGUAGUUGUCAAUUAAAAAAAUAAUACUACUGGACCUUUCUUUUGUUCAGUACAGAAAAGGUGAUAUGGACAGCACUGGCUACAACAAUCUAGGAUAUUUAACAAAGCCAGCACAAAAACAUGAGAGUUCCCAAAGUCACUUGUGAGCCACUGUAACACUCAAAAUGUUUGGACAAGCCCGGAUUGAUAUUCAAAUGGAUAAGCAGAAGUGUAGGGAUACAAUACAUCACAAUGAGCAAGCAAGAACUGGCUUUCAGAGGGCACGAUGAAGGCACCAAUUCCUCAAAUAGAGGUAAUUAUGUGGAAUUACCAUCUCUGAUACUUUCUAUGACAGCAUGUAAAACAAUCACUUGCAAAUAGAGUUUGAGGUAAAAGCUGACAAAUGUUUAGGGUCAUGCCUUCAUCAGUGUUAUGAUCCACAAUGAUUCACAAAACUGAUGUGUGUUGACGUUUUAAGGCAUUAGCUAAAAAGUUUGACAGCUUGACUUUCUUUUCUUGAAUUAUGUUCAUUAUUACAUUUUUUUAUGAAAAUUGUACACUCAAAUACUCUGGCAUCUGAUUGGCAGUGAAUGAAUACAUACCAUAAAAAAUCCUAAUUGCAGCAAUCAGUCACAACAUCUCAAAAAACAAUCAACUUCUCGGGUACAAGAUUCAGAGCGACUUAAUCUCUUCGGUGUCUCAGGUUUUGCUAGAUGCAAUAAAAAGUGCUAGACGCAAAAAAGAGUACAGGAAGCCAAAGUACGUAGCUGUAAUGGUAAACUCAGCUGAGCUGUCUUGUGUUUUCAUGUAUGUGACUGACAAUGGCCCGAAUGAACGGUUGUUCUAUGAAAAUGUGUUACAGUUACUAAAAUUUUUUUUAUAAAAAUGCUUUUAAAAGACUACAUUUCUACUGGGCUU